GUAGAGACCCUCCAUUUUAUCAAGCUCCUUUGAGCCAUGGGGUGUUCGUCCAGUCGCUGUGCCGAGGGUUUUUCCUCCGAGCAUCAGCAGAAUGCGCCCAUGUGGGUCGUCAGUGUGGAGAAGGUCCUUGGCAUGACCGGCAAGCUCCAACCGCAUCAAGUAUUGAAGUCUCAAGGGCUUUUAGUUGAGUGGAACCCCAAGAUGUUCACGAUCUUCGUCUCACACAAGUGGCUCGGCCACCAGUAUCCGGACAUGAAAGGAGAGCACUUUGAAGUGCUGAAGGGUUUUUUGCAAAACCUCAUCGCAAGGAAGAUCAAGGUCGAGAAUGAUGCCGUCUCACAAUUCUUUGGAGGCAAUCGCACUCUGACGAAAGCAGAGAAUGACCAAAUUGAAGGUGCUUACAUUUGGCUGGACUACUUCUGUGUGCCUCAGAUUGUAAACUAUGAGGGUGAGCAUGAGUUGGAAGCACUGCGAGCAGAACAACUUCAAUAUGUGCACAGCAUUCCCGCCUACGUAGACCAUUGCCAGAUGUUCUUUGCUUUGGUGCCCAAUGCCAUGCACAAUGAUACUUUGUCAAACGUCAACUACUACACUUGGCUCGACAGUGGCUGGUGUCGAACAGAAUUUUGGUGCAAACUUCUGUCUACACGAUCCAACAUUCCCAUCAUUGUGGUGACCGGAAAACAAGCGGCAAAGUUCUCUAUGCCAAUGUGGUUUCGACACCCAGUACAUUCGGGCCAAUUCUUGGUCGAGAGAGACCGUGAAGCAUGCAGCCAGGUCAUUCAGACAGCCUUGGACAAACAUUUGUCAGAGCUGAGUCGGAGCAAGAACCAAAUGAGCUACCGGCUGUACUUGGCACUCUAUGAAGAUAUGGGAGGUCUCAAAUGCAAGCAGCGCAGCAUGCAAGACUUCCUGUGGGAGUUUUCCUUCUCCCAGCCCCUCCAGCAGUACAAGGGACUGGGACCAGCAGCUUGCGCUGCUCUCACAGGAGAUGAUCAGCUGCUGCGCAGCGUCGUCGCAGCCAAAGCCUCCCUGCAGACCCGCGCGCCAGCAAUCAUGGAGGUGAUGAACAUUCAAGGCUUUACUCCAUUGCACUUUGCCGUGUGGUUCAGAAGUCAAGAUCUACAAAUCUUGGAGACAUUGUUGGAGCUUCGUGCAGAUGUGAAUAGCUCCACUUUGAGUGCUAUGCCACCCGUGCACCUAUGCCGCACGGUGGGCGCCCUAGAGCUUCUAGUUCGGCAUGGUGCAGGGGUGAAUUUUCAGGGCAAGCAGCUCCCACAGUGGUGUGCCGUCCACAACAUGGCUGCUUACAGUGUUCCCACUGAAGUACUUGCUCGCCUGCUGGAGCUGAAAGCCAAUGUGAACGGUGGAAGAGGAGGCACCGCAACUCAAUCCCCUUUGCACAGCAUUGCCUAUGCAGGGAGUUCCAACAAUGACCUGAGGUCCGCACAGCUGUUGCUCGACAACAAGGCUGACAUUAAUCAAGUCCUACGGCCAGAGGGCAUGAUGAGGAACAUUGAGUUGAUGAGCAGGGCCUACCGCCAGUGUUGCAGAGAGCCAUCCCUAGUUCUCAGAGUUUUGACUGACUUGAGCACCACCGCUUUGGGUUGGUCUGUCAUGUUUGACAAUGAGGAGUUCAUGGUCUUUCUGCUCCGCGCUCGAGCAGACCCGGAGAUCAAGAACAACCGUGGCCUUCGACCACUGGACUUCGCCAAGUCCGAACGAUUGCGACGCAUUCUCCGAGACCCAGCUCCACACAUCUAUCUUCUGGAGCACUAUUCCGAGUCGAUCAGCAACUUCCUUUGAUCCUUCUUAUGAGCUCAUGAUAUCAAUUGGCCACCAGAAGCAUGGCCUCUGGUUUUUGGUCCUUUUAUUUCCAUCUGGCCUUUGGCCGCUCCUCGACACCAGCCGCUUCUGAGAACAUCCGUUGGAGUGCGACUGGUUCCGUCGGACUGACAGGGCUAGACAUGUUUUUCCAUUAUUUUGCACAGUUUUGCGCAGUUGGCUGGUUUGAGCCACUGUGCUUUGUCUGGCUGUUCUCCCGAUCCAAAAUCUCCACCGUCUCACCGCGAGGCCGCAAAGGAGAGA